UUCUUGCGUGCGCCCGCGCUAAGCGGCCCGCCCAUGACUCUCCGGCCGCCGUCGAGGGCGUCUGGCACUCGCAGCUGCGCAGCACCCGCUGUGGAAGACGCGCUGGCGACGUGCAAAGACCCCGCGCUGGGAUGGAGCCUGCAGUUCUGGGUCACCUUGGCGGACCCCCUGACGCAGCAUGUAUUCUUCGCCUGCCCUGCAUCCGGACAGUGCAGCUGGGAUCCACCGGUCGGAGCGUUUGUCGUCCCGAGAUCACCAGACGGUGAAUGGUGGGAACUAGCAGACUCGACCCGCAACAACAGGUCGUAUUACUACAAUACUCUGACUGGAAAGACACAGUGGACAAGACCUCGCGGCAAUGCCUUUGUCAUCCCCCUCGGUUUGAUUCAGCGUAACGCUCUGCCCGCACGAUCGCCUGUACACAAACCCUCCCUCCCGAAUACCCGUAUCCACAGCCCUUCAACGCCUUCGCGCGAACGGUCUUAUACUACCCAGCCAGCAGCCACCCCCAGCAAAAGCCAGCCUAAACCUACCAUUCCUGUCCCCCUCUACUCACCAUCUGUAUCAGUGGGCAGCCCCAGUGUGACUGCAGUCCAUACCCCAGACGUCGGUACACCCUCCCGUGGACUCUUCGCAGCGUCCGUUUUCAACCGUCUUCCCAAUUCUCCCCUCUCUCCCCCAUCGCCAAGCGCGUCGCCCACCAAACGGAAAUCGAUGCCAACAUCGUUGACUGCCCCCAACCUGUCAAGUCUUGUAAACCCGUUAUCUGUGGUUGAGGAGAGAACGGGGAGCGAAGCUGAUAAAAGUGAUAAUUCAGGAACAUCUGAUGGUGGAUGGUGGGAUAAAAGAAGGACCAAAGCUUUGGAAAAAAAGGAUAAGAAGAGUAAAGCCAACAUGAAGAAGAGUAUAUCUGUAGAGAGGUUGGGGAUUUCACAUACUCAAAAUGAGCUUACACAGCCGUCACCAACAAGGCAGAGAGAGACGAUGCUGGCAGCUUCAACUAGCGCUUUACCCAAGGACAUGCCGCUUGAACCGAUCUUUGUCGAACAACCAGCGUCUGUCGAGACAAGACGCCUCAGCACAGGUCUCCAUCCUCUUCUUCCACUUGAUAUCAGCACCCAGAUCCAAGCUUUCCAAGCAGAUGAUUUUUCCCGAAAAUACUUUGCCAUCCGGCGUACAGGCAUGUUUCGCACCAAAGUACCCGUAUCACGCAUCAUGGAAUGGCAGCGACAGCCUACCACUGCCCCGCUGUUGGUCCUGUCCAAACAGCUCUCAAAGGAUGCAGUGACGUGCUUCAAAGUCAUUCAGCAUGUGAUGGGAGAACGGGAUCGCCCUGUGGAAGGUGCGAAACCCUCACACGCCGGAUCUUCAGCCCUGCUGGCCGAGUUGUCUCUCAAGGGAAAGCGAAAGGAGGAUGAUAUACCUAAAGGCUUUGCCGGCGGCGGUGGGACUGUGGAUGGGGGUGGAUCCCGAGGCGAGCGAAUGGUGGUGCUUGAAGAGAUUCGAUGGGUGAUCCAGGUGUGUGUGGCACAGGGAGAGAUGAGGGAUGAGGUUUAUUCUCAGGUCAUCAAACAGCUUACCAAAAACCCCGACCAUGACUCUGUGGUGCUCGGGUUCCAAUUGUUUUGCGUGUUUGUCAAUUCUUUUGGGCCUAGCAAGAAUUUCGAGACGUUUGUAAAGAACUUUUUGGAAAAGCAUUUGAAUGAUCAGUCGGAUGGGAUUGGGGUCAUGGCAAAGUAUUGCAUGACGAAAAUCGAAACAUUCUCCACUAUAGGUCGUCGGGCAAAACCGCUUACUGUUGGCGAGAUUGAGCACGCAUCUGAUGCAGCAUUCUAUCCGUCGGUAUACGGCGAAUCCCUCGUCCGAAUCAUGGAUCUUCAAAAGACAUCAUACCCACAACUAAAAGUGCCUGUCAUCCUGCCUUUUCUUGCCGAUGGCAUAUUGGCACUGGGCGGGACAAGGAGUGAAGGGAUAUUCAGGGUUCCGGGUGAUGGAGAUAGUGUGGCAGAGCUGAAAAGCCGGAUGGAUCGAGGUCACUACCAGCUGAAAGGUAUCGGUGACCCUCAUGUGGUAGCUUCCCUUUUCAAACUCUGGCUACGAGAGCUUGAAGAACCUCUGAUCCCAACAGCACUGUACAAUGAUGCGCUCAUCGCGUCAAAGGAUUAUCGACAAGUGGUCGAGAUUGUUCAAAAGCUGCCAGUCUAUAACCGGAGGGUGCUGGUAUUCGUAGUCAGCUUUGUGCAAAUGUUUAUACAGGAAACGGUCGUGGAAAAGACAAAAAUGGGUCCAAUGAACCUCGCGCUGGUGCUGGCGCCCAAUAUUCUGCGAACCACUGCCGACUCGCUGGUCACGGUGUUUACCAAUUCGAGCUUUGAGAGCAAAUUCAUGCAGCAGCUGUUGGAAAACAUGAAGCCUGGUGAGAUUGAUUCGGAUUAUGUGCCGGUGCAUGGAGUGGCUAUAGGGUAGGCGGGGGGUGCUUGGGAGUUUUGAGAUGCUGCUGUUUGGGAAAACAGAUGGGGAAAGGUACCAGCCGAAAAGGACAUUAUGUGUCAUGUCAAGACGUUUGACGAUGUUUAUGACCUGUAGAGAGAGAGAGACGCUCUUUCCUAUUCUUGGGCCGGUAGCGUGUAUGCUUUGGUGUGGUUUUGGUAGCUUGUUACAUAUGCCAAUAAUGUAUACAUAAUACUGUGG